AUGGCUGCCGAAGGCCAGGAGAUCCCCGAGGAGGUCAAGGCGGAGCAGAUCCCAUCCCAGGAAGAUGGCGCAGAUGACGAGGAAGAGAUUGAGGCCAUGAAGCGACGAGUGGCCGAGAUGGAAUCCGAGGCUGCUAAGCUGCGCGAGAUGCAGGCCGACCUUGAUCAGCAAACCGUGAGCUUGCAAGAGAACAAAGAAGAUAUUGAUGCGCGUAGCAUCUUCGUGGGCAAUGUCGAUUACGGUGCUUCCCCAGAGGAGAUUCAGGCUCAUUUCCAGAGCUGUGGUUCCAUCAACCGGGUUACCAUUUUGCUGGACAAGUUCUCUGGCCAGCCCAAAGGUUAUGCUUACGUUGAAUUCGCGGAACCUAGCCUGGUUGCUCAGGCUCUGGUGUUGAAUGAGAGUGUCUUCCGCGGUCGCAAUUUGAAGGUCGUUCCUAAGCGUACCAACCUGCCUGGUAUGCACCGUGGCCGUGGCCGUGGCCGGGGUGGCUUCCCUCGUGGUCGUGGCUUCCCCCGUGGUGGAUAUCGUGGUGGUGCUAGCUUCCGGGGUCGGGGACGUGGUUUCUCACCUUACUAA